GCUGAUGCUUGUUCGAGGAGAGGGCUGCGAGGUAGACGCGGAGGUUGGGGUGAACUUCAUCCUCAUGGCGGCCGAGGAUGGUCUGCCAGCUGCUCAGCACGCGAUGGGGAAGAUCUACAUGGAAGGUGUCCUUGCGCAGGGAAAGGACAUGCUGUCAGCCGCCUACUGGCUGAAGCAGGCCGCGGCAAAUCGCCACAUUCAG